UUGACCAAUACCAAACAUGUUUUUUUUUGCUUUCAAAAAAGUUUGUUUUGUUGCGUAUCUGACCUGAGUGAGUGCGAGCAGAGCAACAGUACUUAUAACAUACUUUUGAAAAAUGCGAAACGAAAAUAAAAAUGAAAAAAAUUAAAGAAAAAAAUACUACAUACCUUAGGGCAAGUUCAGGCAAGCACAAAAUUUUUUCAUCCACGUCAUUGUGUCAACGUCAUUUUGCCAUGGAAACCUACGUCAUCAUUUUAGCAUUACCGAAUGGAAUCGGAAGUCCUUCGUAAAGUGUUCGUUCCAAAAUUCUAUUUUUUGAGCGGGAAAGCAAAGAACAGCUUUUUCGACAAAAACUGCUGCAAAAGCGAUAUUAGACAUGACUCAGAGAGGAGAGAUGACUGAAGAGGAAAUGAGGAAUGAUGAUGGCAUAGAUGGAGAUGAAGAAUAUUGUUCAAGGAAGAGGAUACCCUGUUUGUGUACAAAAUGUUGUGGGAAACUGGUGAGCAGGCAAACAUUUCAUAGACAUCUUGGGCUCAACARGGAUUUUACUGGCAAGACACCUGAUCCAUCCGGUUCCUGUUGGAGUGCUAGUUCACUGUCCCCUCUCAGUAAUGAUUUAUACUGUGUAUCUGGAACACCACCUGCAGAUGGAUUGGAUGAUGAAAUGACAGGGUAUGAACCAGUGAGUGAUAUAGAUAGUGAAAGUGAAGGGCUUGAUGAGUGUGCCAGCAACAUUUCAAGCCAAGAAAGUGAAGAAUCAGAGAACUCGGAUGUACUUGAAGAUGGUGUUAGUGAUCAUGACUUUGACAUAAAUGAAAAUGAGAGGGGAGGUCUAAAUAAUGCAAGGAAUGAUAGUAUUGAGAAAUUCAUAAUGAGAACCUUAAAAUUAAAAGUGAAAUUUGGAUGGUCUAGAGAGGAAACUCUGCAUCAAUUAAGCAAUUUCUAUGAGUAUGCUCAAGAUGAUCGAAUACCUCAUGGGGAUUGGCAAGGGGUUAUGAAAUUUUUAAAAGGAAUCGGUUAUGAUGAUCCACGUGUUUAUAAAAUUUGUUGUGCAAAUGAUCACGUUUAUUUGCUGGAGCAAGAAGCCGAAAGAUGUCCUACUUGUGAUAAGAGAAAAAAAUGCAUUGAUUAUUAUGUGCUUGGAAUAAAUUUGAAGGAAAUGUUCUCUGGUGAUGACUAUAUCAAAGACAUACUUGCSCAUUGGGAGAAUAGGGAGAGUUGGUUUAACUUGAAUGAAAAUGUUUUCCCAAAAAAAGAGAUUUGGCAUGGUGACCGCUUUAAAGAGUUGUCCCAUUUUUGGGACGGCAAAGUGAAGACAUCAUUGCCUGGUAAGUGUCCAAAUUGUAAUGACAUCAUAUCAGUGAGUGAAUUGGAAGAAUUUCAACAAAAAGCUGCAGGCAUCACUGGUGGCAUAGAUUCUUUUAAUGUGGAGUGUUUUAAAUGCGGGAAUUCCUUUAUGUUUUCCUGGAAGUACAUGCAUGGUUCCCCUUUGAAUCAAGCUUUCAUUUUUCAUGAAGAUGGUUUUAAUAGUUUCAAUAAAAAAACAAGGGGAAUAGCUACAAUUCAAUUAACAAGUGCAUGUACAUUGAAAGAGAAGCGUUCCAGAGGUGUUUCUUUUCAAGUUUACAGCUUUAUACCGGCAUGUUAUCUUAGUGAUGGCAUUGUACACAAAUUGGAUGCCUUCUUCAAACCUCUGUUUGAUGAAAUYGAAGCUCUAUAUCUAAGUGGAGUGAGUGUAUCAUUGCCAAGAUCUUUAACAYUGGAAAGCUGCACUAUACCAGCAGGAGAACACAGAGUGAGGGCACUUCUACUUCUUGGUACAGCUGAUCUGAAGGCUCACCAAGAUAUUGCUCUGUAUGCCGGAGGSGGUAGAUGUGGCUGUCGAAAAUGUCUUCUUGUUGGUGUGUACAUAGCAGAAAAAAGGCACUACUACUAUGGGAAUUUCCGUGAAAGGUACUGUCAUCCAGMAGCCCCAAGAACUGUUGAGUACAUUAGCCAACAUGGCAAGAGGUGUGAWCAGGCAGAAAACAAAUCAAGAASKCAAGAUAUACAGAGAGAAAYUGGAGUGAAAGGGCUGACAAUAUUGUUGAGACUGCACAGGMUGUAUGGUUUUGAUCCUAUCAAUGACAUGGUAAUUGAUAGAAUGCAUGUGUGUUUCAACAUGCUCAAAAGAGARUUUGUUGACMAGAUUUGGCGAGACAUGGGACCAAACGUUGACAAAGAAGUGAAUGAAAGAGACCCAGCAGUGGGAGGAUUAGUGCAGAGAGGUGAGUUUGCUAAUGCACUUGAUGCAGUUCAGUGAACCGCAGAUCAGAAAGCCUCUGGUGCAGCAAGAUUAAAAAGCUUUACAGAUCAACUUGGGGGAUGGAAGACAGCAGAGUUCAACAAGUAAGAAUUAUCAUUUAAUA